AUGGCAGCCCUUCAGCCGUCGGCUGAGGGGCAAGCAUUUUCUCCUACAACAAAAAAAUCUUUCUCUCAGCUCUUCUCACAGCCAGCAACAUCUCCAAUUCAACUUCGACAGGCUUCUGUUUAUAAGGGUGAAGCUGCGGUUGUUUUUUCCAGAGUAGAUGCGGACAGACUUGCGGCACCAUUCAGAUGGACUUUGGUUGGCAAAUUCUCUCACGGACGACCUUCUUUGGAAGAUAUUCGAAAGUUUUUUGCCUCUUUGAACUUGAAAGAUCAAGUUUCCAUUGGAUUGUUGGAUUAUAGGCAUGUCCUUAUUAAAUGCUCAGCUGAAGUAGACUUUAACAGAUACCGGUAUGGGGUGGCGGAAGUGGCUGCUGAUAUUGCGAAAGAUACGGCUGCGAAUGCAACUGCUGCAACUGGGAGCGAAAAUGCAGUAAAUAUUUCUGAUUCUCAUGAAGUGCGAACUACUGCUACGGUUCAAAAAGGAAAAAAUAUCUUAGCAGCAAAAACCACUAUUGCUGGGUCUGCCGUGCAAGUGGAGGAAGGGGAAGUAAAUGUUCUGCAACAUUGUGCUAUUCAUGAUGAUCAUGCGGUUGAAGCAACCAAUAACCAAACCGCUGAUGCUAACGAAAAAACAGAAAUAAGUAACAUGAUGAGUUCAACAUUGCAUAGGGGACAAAGAGAAAUGGACUUCCAACUGGAUAAUCAUCAUGGUCUUCAACUUGAAGGGUCCCAUUCCCACAUUGUGAAGCCUUUUAACACCGAACCAGCGCAUGUGGACAGUCAUCAAAAUGAAGGGUCCCAUUUUCCCAUUGAAAAUCCUCUUAACACCGAACCAGAACAUUUGACCGACAAUGGUUCAAACUGUAAAGAUAAUCUGACCCACAACAAUGUGAUGGGUGAACAUCACUUGCUAGCUGACAAUGACAAUGCUAAUCAUGAACUGAUGGCCGACAUUUCUGUUUCGGAGAAUCUCUAUGUUGAUUUGCGAGGAGGAAAGGAUUCUACACACCAAGAGGUUUUGGAGCAGUCUGCUGGUGAUGUGGAUAAACAGGAGAACCUUGUUGAAGAGGGAUUAUUGGAUGGUGGGUUUGCAUCCCUAUCAGAGGGGGAGGCUGACGAUGGCGAUAGAUUCUAUAGUGGGAAGACACAGGAGCGCAUGGGCUCCUCUGGGGUUGUAGAUAUUUUUAACCUUGACCCAAUUAUUCAACAGGUUAGUGACAAGCUCCAGCAUGGGGAAGAAUUCCAGUUGGUUAAGUAUGGCAAGAAGAGAGGAAAGCUACCUCAAAUUUCGUCGAAUAGGGGUGUGUCCCGUGCCCCAAAUUUUCGUAGAUUGAGAUUUUUAGUUAAUCUUCAUGAGAUUCAAUUGGUUGCUAUCUGUGAACCGAAAGUCCAAGCAGUGGAUAUUCAUUCGAUUAGGAUGCGUCUUCACAUGGAUCAAGCCAUCUGUAAUAGUAGGGGGGAUAUUUGGGUUCUUUACAAAUCCUCUAUCUUGUGUAGCUUGGUUGGAGAAUCGAGUCAACACAUGUCUCUAUAUCUUAGCUCUUUGUUAUUUGAGAGACCUAUUACCUUCUCAGUUACUCAUGCAAAGUGCACAUACACUGAACGGCUAGAAUUGUGGUCUAGUCUCCUAGUGGACAACCCGGAUCAAUCCCCUUGGUUGAUUGUGGGGGAUUUCAACGUCAUCGUGUCGGCGGAGGAGAAAAGGGGAGGGUUGCCUUUUAGACCAGCAGAGGGUUGGGAUUUUUUAGAUUUUAUGUCUCAGGCAGGGGUUUUUGAUGUGGGGUACUCGGGCUCUUGCUUCACAUGGUGCAAUAACAGGCAUGGUCGGGCGCGUAUCUGGAAGCGAUUAGAUAGGUUGCUAAUGAAUCAAGUUGCUUCUAAUUUCGCUCUGGAUUUUAGCAUUCGCCAUUUAUCUAGGGAUCCUUCGGAUCAUGCGCCAUUAUUAUUAUCGGCUACGACAAAACUAGACAACAAGCCGAGGCCAUUCCGUUUCUUAAAUUUUUGGGCAUCUAAGCCUGGGUUUUUGGAUGUGGUCCGAUGCAACUGGAACGUGGCUUUCUCGGGGCCUCCGUUAAUGGUCCUUGCUGCUAAGCUUCGAAGUGUCAAGAUGGCGUUACGUGCCUGGUCUCGGGAGGUUUUCGGAGAUAUCUUUGGCUCGGUACGGGUGGCAGAGGACAUGGCCCUCAACGCUGAGUUGAGCUAUGACACUGAUCCAUCGGAAGACAAGCUUGUAGCAUUACAGAAGGCUCGGGCUCAUCUUCGGCGGUCACAAGGGGUGGAGCAUAUGUUUUGGCAACAAAAAUCAAGGGUCAAAUGGUUGAAGGAUGGAGAUCGAAAUUCGAGAUAUUUCCAUGCAGUGGUGGCAGAGCGCCACCAACGGUCGGUAAUCCAUCGGAUUAAAUCAUCCACUGGGGAUUGGCUGGAGUCUGCGGAUGCCAUUGAGAGUGAAGCCGAAUCCUUUUUUAAACGGUUAUUUACGGCAGAGUCCCCUAGUGCAUCCUUUAAUGCUCUUGACGUUAUACCGAAAUUGCUGACGGACCAGGAUAAUGACAUGCUAGACGAGAUCCCUUCUAAGGAAGAAGUUAAGUCAGUGAUUUUUGCAAUGGAUGGUGGGAGUGCGGCUGGGCCGGAUGGGUUCUCGGGUAGGUUUUUUACGUGUGCAUGGGACAUUGUGGCAGAGGAUGUCCAUGCGGCUGUGGUUAGUUUCUUCUGUGGAGAGGUACUGCCUAGGAGUAUAUCUUCCACUUCAAUAGUGCUGGUUCCGAAGGUCCAGUCUCCGCAGGAUUUUACCCAAUUCCGUCCGAUUAGCUUGUGUAACUUUAUCAAUAAGGUGAUAUCCAAGGUCUUGUCGGACAGAUUAGCAUGGAUCUUGCCGAAGAUUAUUUCCCCUCAGCAGAGUGGCUUUGUGAAAGGUAGGCAUAUCUCUGAUAAUUUUCUGUUGGCUCAGGAGCUUAUAUCUGGUAUUCGUCGCUCUAAUAGGGGAGGGAAUGUGGUGUUAAAGUUGGACAUGGCCAAGGCUUACGACCGCAUUUCAUGGGUUUUCUUGUUACAAGUACUGCGUCGAUUUGGUUUCACGGAGAGGUGGAUUGAUAUGAUUUGGCGAUUAAUCUCCAAUGUUUGGUUUUCGGUUCUGGUCAACGGCUCUCCUUGUGGCUUUUUCCAAUCUACUAGGGGGCUCCGACAAGGUGACCCCAUUUCACCGGCUCUUUUUGUUAUUGGGGCAGAGGUCCUGUCUAGGUUGCUUAACUCUUUGGUUGGCCAGCGUGGAUUCCUGCCGUUUAAGAUUCCUUCCACAUGUCCUGUCAUUACACAUCUAGCUUUUGCAGAUGACGUAAUUAUUUUUUGUAGCGGGGUUAAGAGUACUUUGCGGCAUGUUAUGAGGGUUUUGGGGUUGUAUUGUAGUACGUCUGGGCAGCAGGUAAAUUGUCUGAAGAGUUGCUUUGUUACUCAUGAUAAGUUGAGCCCUGCUCGUCGACGAGCGGUGUCACAAGUUUCUGGUUUUCAGGCCAAGUCCCUCCCACUUAAGUAUCUUGGAUGCACUCUCUAUUCCGGAAGACGGAGAUGUAGCUACUUCUUGGACAUCUGCUCCUCAGUUGCAAAGCGGGUUCUAUCGUGGAAGGAAAAGUUAUUGUCGCCUGGUGGGCGUUUGGUUUUAAUCAGGAGUGUUUUGUCGUCGUUGCCUCUGCACAUCCUUGCUGUCACGGAUCCUCCAAAGGGUGUGCUUCAUACCCUCGAGAAGGUUUUUGCAAAUUUCCUUUGGGGAAGGUCUGAGGGGGGUAAUCGCUACCAUUGGAUUAGAUGGGAGACUAUGUGCAAACCGCUUGAUGAAGGGGGGAUUGGUGUGCGGUCCCUGGCGGAUGUGUUGGAGACAUUUUCAGUGAAGCUAUGGUGGUCCUUCAGGCAAUGUUUAUCCCUCUGGGCGAAAUUUAUGCACGAUAAAUACCUCCAAGGCGGUCAUGUGUGUGAAGCGGAACUUCAGCGCUUUCAAUCUCCCACCUGGAGGAGGCUAGUCAGGUGCCAGGCUCUGGCAGAUUCCCAUAUCCGGUGGGUGUUGCAGAAUGGAAUGGUCGACUUUUGGCAUGAGAAUUGGAUGGGUGAAGGGUCGUUGUGUCAACAGGUUGAGAAUUUUGGUGAUCACGCCGUAGCGGACUUCGUGUUGAAUGGGAGCUGGAACGUUUCGAUGCUUCAUCAAUGGCUACCUGAUAGCAUUGUUUCUACGAUUAUGCAAAUACGCCCUCCUGAUAUUUUUUCUACAACCCCAGAUAGGAUGGUGUGGGACUUGGAGACAACUGGUUCCUUCUCCUUCUCAUCUGCAUAUAAUUUGGAUGUUAUCGGGCCGCCUGCCUGUGAUGGAAUCGCUGCAGAGGCGGGGUGUCUGCGGUCCAUCUCGGUAGAGGCAGGAGACUUUGCACAUGUCUCAACGGUAAAACAUGCAGUCAUUCAAUGGUGGAUGCGCCCGGCUAAGAACAAGUUGAUGAAAUUGUUGUAUCAGAUAUUGCCUUCGCUUAUUUGUUGGCAUCUCUGGAAGGCUAGAAAUGUGGCGGUGUGGGAAGGAAAGGUGUUGUCAGCGAUACAGGUACAUGGCUUUAUUCUUUCGGAUCUCUGUGAUAUUCUUCAGAUGCACUUUAAGGAUAUGGGGGUGGGACGUUAUUCGUGGCAUCGACUACACAUUUCGCUGAUGGGGUGGAAGAAGGAAAUGAGGGUCACUUUAGUCAGGUGGCUGCCUCCGGCUUCUACCCUCCUAAAACUGAACACUGAUGGGUGCUCCUUAGGGAAUCCGGGGAGGAGUGGAGGUGGUGGGAUUUUGCGAGAUAGUGCAGGUUUUUUCAGACUUGGUUUUGCGGGUUAUUGGGGAGAGACGACGAGCCUACAUUCAGAAUUGAAGGCCUUGUUAUUUGGGAUUAAGUUGUGUGUCACGCAAGGCUUUUGUUGCUUGCACCUGGAGUCUGAUUCCAUUCUUUUAGUCCAAAUGGUCACAGGGGUUGGUAGAUGCCCAUGGGCCUUGCAACGAGAGCUGGACGAGUUGCUUGCCUUUCGGAAUGCUUUUCAAGCUGUCUCCCACUGUUAUCGCCAAGCGAAUGUGCCAGCAGAUCGGCUUUCUAAGAUUGGGACAGAUACCCGCUCUACUGUUAUCUAUAACUCGUUUGCGCAAUUGCCACGUUUGGUUCGAGGAGACCUUAGGUUGGAUAGGCUUGGCUAUCCUAACUUCCGUGCUUCUUGA